UCAUCAUGGGUGGUUCUCUGUGCUUCUGCUAACAAGAAGUCAAAGCACUUCCUUAUACUCUCUCUUUGCUGAGAUGGAGGCACUAUGUUUGAUUCUUCUAUGCUGCUUCCUGAUACAAUGCUACGGGUCCACUCACUUUCAUUACCUAAAGAAAGGGGAGGAGGUAACACUGUCCUGUGAAACAUGUCAAUGGGAGGCCGAUGUAAAUUCAGACAACAUAGUGGACUGCGGUGUCAUAGACAGUAUUUAUACAACAAACUCAAAAUGCAAAGCUCAAAGACAGGAUCUAUGCCAAGAGAUAAAGAAAAACAAAUCCACCAGUUGUGAAAUCUGUGUAAUGAGGGGAUUCUUUGCCUGUGUCAAUGCUGAAUCUGACUCCUGCUUCAUGCAUCCAUUUAAACCCUCUUCUCAUCAUGUGGAGUCCUUCAUUGUUGCUCAGGCAGAACCAGACAUUGUGUCUGGACCUGUAAUGGAAAACUCAGUGCUUGUGUCUGGAGGAGAAUCAAUUAAUCUGACGUGUGAUUUAAAAACAAAGGGGUAUUAUCCCAAUAAUCCUUUUGUGGUGUACUGGAUCAAGACUGGUGCUCACAGCAGCACAUGUGUGUAUUCCUUUGAUUACGCUACUGAUGAUUUUGGUUUUGAUGCCCACUGUGCCAUUGACAAAGAUCUUCUGUUAAGGAGAUCACACACAUCAAAACCCUCCCUUGAUGAUAACAACAUCCAUAACCUGAAGAUCAGCAAAGCCACUCAGUCAGACCGUGGACAGUAUCUGUGUGUCUUACAGGUGAACACAUAUAGUUAUAACCAGCAUGCUUGGGCAGUAAUAACCAACACCACAGUCAUUGUGGGUAAUCCUGAUUCCCAUCUCAUCUAUGUGAUUGGUGCAUUAGUACCCGUUCUUCUCCUCCUCCCUGUCAUCAUCAUCAUCAUCAUCAUACUGCUUAAAAGGAAAUCAGCUGAGACCAAAGUGUCUCAGACUACAAUAACUCAAAGAUAUCAGAACGGGGAGGGAGUGGAUGAUGACGACUGUUCCCCUUAUGCGGUGAGCCAGGGAGAGCAGGAACCAGCGUACUCAUUCAUACAGCUGACCAAUCAGAAGACUGACCCUGUGUUCAGUGGGGAUGGAGAACUCACUUCAGACCCAUCUGCAGAUGAGGCCAUCACGAGGAUGAACUCCAUAUAUGAAACCUCAGGUCCAUAGUCUCAAACUGCCUGACAGUUUCUUGUGUGAGUUCUCAGUCAGGGACAUGAGAGGACUACUAGACAUCCUGCAUAAAGACCAAGAUUACACGAUCGGCCUGUUCACAACCCAUAAAUAACCGCGUUUGUCCUGUUUCAGUUAAAAUGAGGAAGGAACUCUUGCUGUCACAACUUCCUGACUGAAACCUAAAAUUCCCCCAGAUUAAUUAGUUUCUCUCUUUAGUCUUGCUAUACCCUAUAAUGAUCCAGUUCCCUGCAGUUUCUCACUGUAGUCUUGCUAUACCCCGACCCAAUUCCCUGGAGCAAGUUCAUUGAAUAUCCAGAAAGGGAAGAAACUGUAAAAUGGACAGCUUGCAUACGCUUACACUUAUCUCUUAUCUCAGGUAGUUGCAUCCAUUAUUUUCAUGUAAUGAAGUUCAGUUGAUAUGAAUUUUUCAUUAUAUUUAAAACACCUGUAUGAAUGAAUGUUCCACUAUUUGAGCUAUGCUUCUAUAGGUAACUAGUGUUGGUAUCAUCUUCAAAUUCAUUUUGAUGGCAUCUGGUCAUGUGAAAGACCGAUAAACACACCUGCUGUCCCCACUGGCUGCCCAGGCUAUGCACUAUGCAGUUCUGUAAUCUGGCUCAGAAACCCUGUGAAAAUGGAAAAAAAGGAAUCUUUUGACAGAACAGUGUUGCCAACUAUUUCUCCAAAAGACACCAGUGUCAACUGUGCUGUUGUUGUUUGCAAGGCCUUUGCAUGCCUUUUAGAUAGUUAGCUUGCUAGUUUAAUACCCCAAAACUCCUUACUGCUGCUUUGUUUGUGGGCUUUUCCCACAGCUGUAUAGAAUAUAUAGAUAGAAUAGAUACAUAUGACUGUAUUGUUGUGUUUCGUUGGAUAGUCAUUUCUGAUGUUGGUACAUUGAGCCAAUAUGCUUGAGGUUGUUCAAAUGUGUUUGCAUGUGUGGUUUGUAAAUACGCCAAAAUGAUAAAUGAACUAAUUAAACUGUACAUUAAAAAAGUCAGUCUUGAA